UGUGCGGUAUCAAUCCUGACAUGCGAGUCUUUGCAUGCUUCUUUUUUAACAGAUCUCUUAUCUGUUAUUAGGUACCGCAUCCAUUAUCCUGAAGUGCUUCAGCACCCUUAUCAGUAUCCCUCGCAAGCCCUGACGAAGUCGCCCUUCGAUCACAUCUACAAUGUCGUCCUCACCUCUCCUACAGCCGUAUGAGAGGUUAUGCGAAGCGCCAGAGCGUACACCUUCCUUCCGCCGGCGGCUCUAUCAAUAUUUCUCUAGCAAGACCUUCCACUACUCAGUCCUGCUGCUAGUCACUCUUGAUGUUGGGUGCAUGUUCGCAGAUAUUAUCAUCAACCUCAUGACAUGCGACCGCAAAACGCCCGCAGCAGACAAAGCACUAGAGGUACUAGGAUACGUAAGCCUGGUAUUCUCCGCGCUCUUCAUGUUGGAGUUGUUUGCUUCGAUAUGGGCGUUCGGAAGAUCUUAUUUCAAAUCCAAAUUUCAUGUCUUUGAUGCGACUAUCAUCGUUGUCUCCUUCAUCUUCGAAGUAAGCCUGCAGGGCGUGGAAGAAGAGUUAGCAUCGCUGAUCGUUAUCCUACGUCUGAUGCGCGUUGUAAAAAUAAUCGAUGAGAUUAGUGUAGGCGCGCAAGAGGAAAUGAAGGGGCUUGAGGAGAAGCUGAUGCAGUCCGAGAAAGAGGUCCAGGAACUAAGGGAAGAGGUGGAGAAGCUGAAGAAAUUGCAAAAUGAAGUGGUCUGAUCAAUAGGAGUUCACAUGGUACGAUCAGGUGUGAUCGAGGGAACUUGGGCCCGUAAGAAUUAUUGAUACAAUACUGA